CACCAUCCUCUUUGGUAUCAUCAUCCAGCAUCUAUCUAUUUAUCUAACUGUCUGUCUGCCUAUCUGUCUCUACCUCACUAUUUCUCGACAAGAGAGCAUAUCUUGUCGUAGGCAUCUCUGCGAACCAGUCGCUGCGUUGAGGUCGGCCGGGCGGGCGACGUCCGCUCCUGUCUUGGAGUUCGAUCGAUGACCUUGAAAGGUGGUGGUGCGGUUGUGAUUUUGAAGUUGGCCGAGGACGGCUGUGCGGUUGCGGACUCACGAAGUGGGAUGUUGUAUUGAGGCUGGACACGUCGUUUAGAUUGUGGAAUCGCGUUGAUGGUGCUGUGUCGGCCACAAUCAUGCAUUGUACUUAGAAUAUAUCAGUGGGAGGAUUUGGAGUGCGUUCUCUGACAAGAAGAUACCGUUUCUGAGUCGGUGGCACUGGCCGACCUGGUGUAGUGGAGAAAAGAUAGGGGUUUACAAUGUCGUGGAGGCGGUCAUCAGCUGCUGCGAAGCUGGAUGAUUGUGCACUGUCGGAGGUUUGCCGAAUCUGCGAGGCCAGGCUGUUUUCGCGCUAAGAAACACCAGUUUUUCUUGUGUUUGAACAUUCUGAACCAGCUUGCAGUGGUCAGAGAAGGAAAUCAAUGUAGGGUUUUCUGAAUGUAAUUUGCGAAUCAGAUUCGCCGACGAGCACACCGCAGGAAAACGGAGCUACGGUGUGAGAGUGGGGCUUUGGAUCGAGCGACCAGCUCUAAAGUAGCUUUGUUAUAAUCUUUAUGCAGGCGCCCUCGUCAGCCCCAGCUGUCACUGAGUCUGCGCUUCCAACGAUGCAGGCCUUGCCUCAACCUGGUUACGCAACUUCUGGAGCGGAUGACCAGCCGCCGCGUCCUCCUACUGGCGUACCUGCAACGGGGGACUAUCUUCUACCGCACACGCAGCUUGAGCUUGGUCACUCCAUGGCGCAGGCACGUGCGGCAUAUCCAUUUGCAGACCCAUAUUUUGGAGGUAUUGUUGCCGCCUAUGGCGCUCAAGCAGUGAUUCAUCCCCAUAUGCUGGGAGUUCAACAAGCACGAAUGCCUCUCCCGUCAGAGAUGAUGGAGGAAGAGCCUGUGUAUGUAAAUGCCAAGCAAUAUCACGGGAUCUUGCGACGUAGGCAGUCGCGAGCUAAAGCAGAAUCGGAAAAUAAACUUAUAAAGUCUCGUAAGCCGUAUCUACAUGAAUCCCGGCAUCAGCACGCUUUGCGAAGAGCAAGGGGUAACGGAGGUCGAUUUUUAAAUACCAAAACAAAAGAUGGAGAAUCGAAAGCAAAUUCUGAUGGAAGCCAUGGAUCUCAUGAGGGGCAGUCUUCACAAGCGGCAAAUGUUUCUAGCACUCGAGCAUCACAUUCAGGAAUGGGCAUGCUAGGUGGACAAGGAGACAAUGUAAAUUAUCACACAUCCAUGAUGCAACAUGGUCAGAACAAUGCUUAUCUUAAUCUUCAUCCGCCACAAUCUUUUCACUCGUCUGCAUUUCACACACUGCCUGGUGGAAGUGAAUCUGAAGAUGGUGGUUCGAAUGGCAACAACUUAGUGGUCAGUGGGUCUGAACAUACUGCAGUUGCCACCUGACGUCGAGUUGCAGUUGGGAUUGCUCGACUAUUGGGCCUUCAAACUUACAAUUUGGAUGAAGAUAUUUGUGUGCUUACUCGAUUGUCGACGAAGAACGCUGAGACAAGUGACUUUUGGAAGUCGAAGUUUUUUUCGCCAGCCUGUGGCAAGGAUUCAGGAAUUUUGGUUUGUGGACCUGUGUGAAAUUCCUGGCUAGGACGGAGACGUAGCCUUUUAUAACCAAGCACUCCGUCCAUGAGUCUCGCCUCCAAGACCUCGGCGGACCCUGAGCUACGUAAGUUGACCGAAGUAGUUGGUGCAGCAGAAGAGCGAUGAUGAUAUCUCAAGCUUCAUCACUCCCGCACAUGCAAGGUCUGCUGAUUGGACAACGGAGUAUUGAUACCAGUGCAAUUUCCAGCCAGGCCUUUGAAGAAUGGAUUUUAGAAUUCUAAAGCACUAGGGUGGUGGGACGAUAUUUUCAACUCUUAGUCUUCCGGGUCGUCAAUAGUGAGGUCUUCUGGUUGAUUGGAUUUUUUCAUCAUAACUGAGUGAUAUGCGUGUGUUAUGUUUUAGAUAGAAACUUAGAGUUCAAUAGGAUGUGUAUAUUGCUUCUUCUUGAUUGCAGCUGGCUGCUUUUAUUCAACCUGUUGCAGGUGCCUUUCACGGCCAUCGUACACUAGCAAUUCUCUGAAAUCCUAUCUGGUCAGUGAAACUGGUUAUGUGCAUAGGUAUGGACUUCGAAGGUCGCAUGGAGCACUUAUCCAGUCGUCAUUUUUUUUUGAAGUGUAAUCGCUGUGUUUUGGCAUGCAAAUUUGGUUUGCAGAUUUUCUGCAUGCACCUGUUUCCAGUUUAAGUCA